AAUUGGACUCUGCGUUUCUGCAAAACUGCUUCCGAAGCAAGGCAAUGCUGAGGUGCUCCUUCUUGCCUCCUCGAUUCAGCGCAGCUCGUUAUAGCAAGAUGAGCACAGCUCCUGGACCAAUAUGUCGAAAGUUUGUUCCAGUUGAGCAGAGUGAAGUUACUUCUAUCAGUAAAACAGAUGGCUUCAAAUUCCGGCUUGUAUCGUAUAAUAUUUUGGCACAGGCAUACGUGAAAAGAAUUUUUUUUCCACAUUCACCGGGUCCUAGUCUCAAGUGGAAAGCUCGGUCGCAGGCCAUUCUCACAGUGCUUAAGAGCCUUGAAGCAGAUUUUUUUUGUCUACAGGAAGUCGAUGAGUAUGAUACAUUUUAUAAGAACAAUAUGGCGAGCCUGGGCUAUUCAAGUAUCUACAUUCAAAGAAGUGGGAAAAAAAGAGAUGGAUGCGGAAUUUUCUAUAAACAGGAUAAUGCAGAGUUGGUCAUAGAAGAGAAAAUUGACUACAAUGAUUUGGUGGCUACAGUUGACGACGAAAAAACAUCAUCUUCAGAUGAUGGCAAUAAGUUGCUAGUUGGUGGAAAUAAAGAGGAGACAAAAUCUGGUUCCGAGAAAGAGAGUUCAGAAGAUCGCGGAGAUCCGAAUGAUCCUCGUGUAAGAUUAAAGCGUGACUGUGUAGGAACCAUGGCUGCUUUUAGACUUAAGAAUCCUACAUUUCACUAUGUUAUUAUUGCGAACACUCAUAUAUACUGGGAUCCAGAAUGGGCCGAUGUAAAAAUUGCGCAGGUUAAGUACUUGCUUUCGCGCUUAGCAGAAUUCAAAAUGCUAGUAGCCAAAAAGUUUGAUUGCUCGCCCUCAGUAAUUGUUGCGGGGGACUUCAAUUCAACUCCCGGAGAUCAGGUGUAUCAAUACCUAGUCUCGGGCACGAGUGGCAUGGGACCAGAGAGUGUGGAUGAUCUGCCGAUCCCACUGGCAAGUGUGUACGCAUUUGCAGGAGGGGAGCCGGAGUUCACGAACUGCACUCCCGGAUUCACAGGCACUCUUGACUACAUCUUAUUUUCCCCUGAUCAAGGUGUAAAACCAGUGAACUAUCUUGAGCUUCCAGUAGCAGAAUCCCCCGAUGUAAGUGGCGGGUUGCCGAAUUAUUUCCACCCCAGCGAUCACCUUCCGAUCGGGGCAGAGUUUGAAGUCGAGGCAUAGAGUUAGUUAUUCAGCUACGAAGAGUAGUGGUAGAUUACAUUGUGAGAUUCUCACUUAUUUCAAAUUCUUUGCCUUAUUUGUUGAUUGUACCUUUAAUUGAUCUUAAGAUUCUUUUAAUCUUUGUAACAAAAA